AUGGAUGGGUACAUAACCAGAGCUGAGCAGCUGAAACAAAUACUCCGUGGGGGACCGAAGCUGCGUAUGCAACAGCGUUUGCUUCUGUGUACGGCCUCUCCCGCCCGUUCGACUUCUCCUGUCAAGCCCGUUCGGCGCCCUUUAACGCAAAUGACAACCACUCCCGCCUCGUGCUCUCCCGCUUCCCCUUCUCCACACGGCACGCCACCCACUGCCACUGGAGACUGUCCCCUAAGUGCGGCCAAGUCGGACGCAGAUGCGGCUGAGGGGGAACGCAUAAAACAGAAGCUGGCCCGUGAGUUUUCAAACCACGCGAGGCCUGCAACUGCAGUGGCAGGAACUGUAGGAACGAUGCACUUUAGAACACAUGCAUUAAUCGAAAACUUUGUCCUGUUCUGCUGCGUGUUUCGGAAUAAUGCAGACGCCAUUCUAACGGAAAAACCAAAUUUCAAAUGGUCAGACGUGGCAGGGCUUGAGUCUGCAAAGGAGGCGCUUCAAGAGGCCAUUAUCCUUCCUUCUCGCUUCCCCAGUUUGUUUACCGUGUCAGCGGCUGACCUCGUGAGCAAGUGGCAAGGCGAAAGUGAGAAGUUGGUCCGCUCGCUUUUUCAGCUGGCUAGAGAGCGCAGGCCAUCUAUAAUAUUUAUUGAUGAAAUCGAUUCAAUGUGUGGAGCUCGCUCUGAAAGCGAUAGCGAGUCAUCGCGACGCAUGAAGACGGAGUUCCUUAUCCAGAUGCAAGGGAUCAACUUCGACAUGAGUGAAGUGCUUGUUCUUGGGGCAACAAAUACACCGUGGGCUCUGGAUGCAGCAAUUCGCAGGCGAUUUGAGAGGCGCAUCUUCAUACCGCUACCCAAAGUGCAGGCCAGAGAACAACUGCUUAGAGCUGGCCUGGGCGGCACACCGCACCACCUCUCGGAAGCCGACUUCCGCUAUCUUGCCAGAGAGCUAGAAGGGUUUAGCGGUUCCGACAUUUCCGUAUUGGUUCGGGAUGCCUUAUUUGAGCCCAUCCGGCGAUGCCGCACUGCGACGGCAUUCAAGCAAGUGAUGAUUAACGGUUGUGCCUUUUUUGUACCAUGCCAUCCUGGUGAUUCUGAUCCAACAACUCGCAAAAUGGCGUUGAUGUCCGUUCCAGCGGAUAGAUUGUUGCCCCCGGAAGUGACAAUGGACCUGCGAAUGCACAUUAGCUGGACCGAGCAGUUUGGAUUGGAGGGUAGCUAA